AUGUCUGCCGAAAACGCCACAGUCCACGUUAGUAACAUCUCCUCAAAGACCACGGAGAAGGAGAUUCGUGACUUCUUCAGCUUCUGCGGAAAAAUCAAGGAGUUCUCGUCCACUCCUGCUUCAGGUGAUGCCAACGCUUCUCUUACCGCCGCCAUCACCUUCGAACAACCAUCUGCAGCUCGUACUGCCCUCCUUCUUGAUAACACCCAGCUCUCUGGUGUUCCGAUUCAGGUCUCUGCCCCAGCUUCUCUCUCCGACCUUCAACAUGAAGCCGAACACCAAGCCACCGAAAUAGAACACCCAAGCCAAGAAGAUAAACCACGUACUGCCAUCUUCGCCGAAUACCUGGCAGAGGGCUAUCACCUCGGGGAUCAAAUUCUCCAACGUGGUAUUGAAUUCGACGAAAAACGCGGUAUCUCCGCUAAAUUCAGAAAAUUUAUCUUCGACUUGGAUAGCAAACAUAAAGUUUCUGAUAAAUCCCGUGCUAUGGAUGAAUCAUAUCAGAUCACAAAUCGAGCUAAUACCGGGUUGAAUACUGUUACGAGAUACUUCGAUGGAGCUUUGAAUACCCCCACGGGACAGAAGAUUCAUAAGUUCUAUUUGGAUGGGAAGAAACAGGUUGUGGAUAUUCAUAAUGAGGCAGUUAGACUUAAGGAAAUCAAAGAGAAGCAGGAAACAAAAUGUACUUGUGCUACUGCAGGGCCAAAUGGAGAGUGCCAUUGUGCUCCUGGUUCAUGCACUUGCGAUGGAUGCAAGAAAGUCGGUGCAUCUAGCACUGAGAAGUCUGGAGAAGUCCCUCCUCCCAGCUAUGAGUCUGGUGCCGGUGCUUCCACCUCUACUUCCGAGAAAGUUACUUACCAGUAA